UUCGCGCUGCUGUCAUCGCGAUAUUUCCCGCUGAGGGGGGCGUAUGCCUGCCAUGUCUGAAACUGCAGCGCAGCUUCGUGGUUUAUUUUUCCUUUUAAAACUCACAUUUUGCGCCCAAAACAUCUCAUGAAAAGCUUAAAAAAUGUCUGACGAAGAGGUGCCGUCAACCUCUGGGGAUCCCGGGCCGGGAAAGGAGCAGGUGAAGGACCCUCCAUUCCUCCUGGGACCCCCUCCUAAAGCGGCAGUAAAGGAAGGCUCAGUGGACCCUGAAUACGAAGAGAAGAGAAAAGCAGACAGGGCAAACAGGUUUGAAUUCCUGCUGAAACAGACUGAGCUGUUUGCUCACUUCAUCCAGCCAGCGAGUCAGAAAUCCCCCACGUCACCCCUGAAGGUUCGAGUGGGGAGACCCCGCACCAAACAGGACGAGAAACAGAACCUGCUGUCCGUCGGAGAUAAUCGUCACCGCCGGACGGAGCAGGAGGAGGACGAGGAGCUGCUGUCGGAGAGCAGGAAGGCCGCUAAUCUUCUCGUCCGCUUCGAGGAGUCGCCUUCAUAUGUGAAGAACGGCGCUCUGAGAGAUUAUCAGAUCAGAGGACUGAACUGGAUGAUCUCCCUCUACGAAAACGGCAUUAACGGCAUCCUGGCUGACGAAAUGGGUUUGGGGAAGACUCUGCAGACGAUAGCACUGCUGGGUUACCUGAAACACUACCGGAACAUCCCGGGUCCACACAUGGUUCUAGUGCCCAAAUCCACUCUGCACAACUGGAUGAACGAGUUUAAGCGCUGGGUCCCCACACUGAAAGCCGUCUGCCUCAUCGGAGACAAAGACGCCAGAGCAGCGUUUAUCCGUGACGUGAUGAUGCCGGGCGAGUGGGACGUGUGUGUGACGUCGUAUGAAAUGGUGAUCAGAGAGAAGUCCGUCUUUAAGAAGUUUAACUGGAGAUAUCUGGUGAUAGACGAAGCUCAUCGCAUCAAAAACGAGAAAUCAAAGUUGUCAGAGAUCGUUCGUGAGUUUAAAACUACGAAUCGCCUCUUGUUGACUGGAACUCCGUUACAGAAUAACCUGCAUGAGCUCUGGGCUCUGCUCAACUUCCUGCUGCCGGACGUGUUCAACUCGGCCAGCGACUUUGAUUCGUGGUUUGACACCAACAACUGUCUGGGUGAUCAGAAGCUGGUGGAACGACUGCACGCCGUGCUGCGGCCGUUCCUGCUGCGCCGGAUCAAACAAGAAGUGGAGAGGAGUCUUCCUCCGAAGAAGGAGGUGAAGAUCUACCUGGGCCUGAGCAAAAUGCAGAGAGAAUGGUACACCCGCAUCCUGAUGAAGGACAUCGACAUCCUGAACUCUGCAGGGAAGAUGGAUAAGAUGCGUUUGUUGAACAUUCUGAUGCAGUUGAGGAAGUGCUGUAAUCACCCGUACCUGUUCGACGGGGCAGAGCCUGGACCGCCGUACACCACCGACACACACCUGGUCACCAACAGCGGGAAAAUGCUCGUUCUGGACAAACUACUACCCAAAGUCCAGGAGCAAGGUUCUCGGGUGUUGAUUUUCAGUCAGAUGACCCGUGUGUUGGACAUUCUGGAGGAUUACUGCAUGUGGAAGGGAUACGAGUACUGCAGACUGGACGGCAACACACCGCACGAGGACAGAGAAAAAGCGAUUGAAACGUAUAACGCGCCCAACAGCUCCAAGUUCAUCUUCAUGCUGAGCACUCGAGCAGGGGGACUUGGAAUCAACCUGGCAACCGCAGACGUCGUCAUCCUGUACGACUCGGACUGGAACCCCCAGGUGGACCUGCAGGCCAUGGAUCGAGCUCACAGGAUUGGUCAGAAGAAACCGGUUCGAGUUUUCAGACUCAUCACGGAAAACACGGUGGAGGAGAGAAUCGUAGAGAGAGCAGAGAUGAAGCUCCGUCUGGACUCGAUAGUCAUACAGCAAGGUCGUCUGAUUGAGCAGCAGAAUAAACUGGGUAAAGACGAGAUGCUGCAGAUGAUCCGACACGGAGCCACUCACGUCUUCGCCUCCAAAGACAGCGAGCUGACGGAUGAGCACAUUGACUCCAUCCUGGAGAGAGGAGCCAAGAAGACGGCGGAGAUGAACGAGAGGAUGCAGAAACUGGGCGAAAGUUCGCUGAGAAAUUUCACCAUGGACACCAGCAGCGGAGAAACCAGCCUGUACAACUUCGAGGGAGAAGAUUACAGAGAAAAACAGAAGUUGAGUACAAUGGAGUGGAUCGAGCCUCCUAAGAGAGAGAGGAAGGCGAACUAUGCUGUGGACGCUUAUUUCAGAGAGGCGCUCAGAGUCAGCGAGCCCAGAGCUCCGAAGGCUCCUCGUCCUCCGAAGCAGCCAAAUAUUCAGGAUUUUCAGUUUUUCCCUCCGCGUCUGUUUGAGCUGCUGGAGAUGGAGAUACUCUACUACAGAAAAACCAUCGGAUACAAGGUUCCGAAGUCUCCGGAUAUUCCAAACGCAGCGCAGGUGCAGAAGGAGGAACAGAGGAAGAUUGAUGAAGCUGAACCUCUGACAGCAGAAGAGACAGAGGAGAAAGAGAAACUGCUCACACAGGGUUUUACAAGCUGGAACAAGCGAGACUUUAACCAGUUUAUUAAGGCGAAUGAGAAAUACGGCCGAGACGAUAUAGACAGCAUCGCCCGCGAAGUGGAGGGAAAAACACCUGAGGAGGUCAUAGAGUAU